CCUCUACUCCAGCAGAUGGCGCCAGAACUGCAGUUCACCUCCCUGAGCGUAGGCGGCGCUCUAGCGGGACCUCUGUCUCUCACCAUCUCUAUGACUCUCCCUUCCGUUUUCCGGUUCCGCCCCUCCUGCGGCUGGCUCACACUGCGCAUGCGGCUCUCGGUGAGCGGCUGUGCGAUGGCGGCUUCUUCAAGUGGGGAGAAGGAGAAGGAUCGCAUGGGAGGCGUCUCGGUAAUGGCAGGCGUUGGCAGUACGCGAGAGCGGCUGCUGUCUGCGCUGGAAGAUCUGGAGGUCUUGUCGAGGGAACUUAUAGAAAUGCUGGCAAUUUCAAGAAAUCAGAAGCUGUUACAGCUGGAUGAGGAAAACCAGGUCUUGGAGUUGUUGAUUCACCGCGAUGGGGACUUCCAAGAACUGAUGAAACUGGCACUUAAUCAGGGAAGAGUCCAUCAUGAGAUGCAGGCUUUAGAAAAAGAAGUCGAGAAGAGAGACAGUGACAUUCAGCAGCUGCAGAAACAGCUAAAAGAGGCAGAGCAGAUCCUGGCAACAGCUGUUUACCAAGCAAAGGAGAAACUCAAGUCAAUAGAGAAAGCAAGAAAAGGUGCUAUCUCCUCUGAAGAAAUCAUUAAAUAUGCACAUAGGAUUAGUGCAAGCAAUGCUGUGUGUGCACCACUGACUUGGGUUCCAGGAGACCCUCGGAGGCCAUAUCCAACAGAUUUAGAGAUGAGAAGCGGGUUGCUGGGCCAGAUGAACAAUCCUUCCACGAGUGGUGUGAAUGGUCAUCUCCCAGGGGAUGCUCUUGCAGCAGGUAGACUGCCAGAUGUCCUUGCUCCGCAGUACCCAUGGCAGUCAAAUGACAUGUCUGUGAACAUGCUACCACCAAAUCACAGCAGUGACUUUCUGUUGGAGCCUCCUGGGCACAACAAGGAAAAUGAAGAUGACGUCGAGGUUAUGUCAACAGACUCUUCAAGCAGCAGUAGCGACUCGGACUGAAGAAGGUGUGUGGCAGCACUCCACUCCAGGGCUGCAGAGCUCUGACAAGAGGGACAUGCAAACCGCGGCCCACUAAAAAUCAAGGGGGGGGCGUUUCUUCUUAACACCCAGCCCCCUGGUUUUGUGUCUCUUCUGCUGAGCAAAUGUGUGAGGAUCAGUCAGCAUUACUACUUUGGUUUGAACAUAGCUCUGGAGGUGAGACUGCAGGAAAAAUGACAACUCAUGGGGGUGGCCUGAAAGGGCACAGAGCCAGGCAUGGCAGCUCAUACCUGUAAUCCCAGCACCUGGAGAUGGGGAUUGCUGUGAGAUACAUCGUAAACUCAGCCGUCAGGGCUACAGAGCAGCCCUGGCCAGCACAGAGGCAGUAGGGCUGAGUGUGGUAUUUCAAAGUGAAAGUGCUCACUUGAAAAGUCGGCUGCUGCUGUUACAGCGGCAGAACUAUCACUAUUUAUGUGGUAAAUACUGUAAUUUGUGUAAAUAAACUUGCUUUUCUUUGUAUUUUUUAA